CACGGUGCUGCGGGGCACAGAGCCCCGGCCCUGGCGCCUGGGCUCUUGUGUCCCGGACCGCGAGCCACCAGGCCACAUCGCCCCGCUGCCCAAGCGAACGGGCCGUCCGAGUCACAGGCCCCUGGCGGCCAUGGAGCUGCGCGCGGGGGGCGCCAACGACCCCCGGGGGAGCCGACGAGGCCACGACCCCCCGCGGCGCGGCCGCCCCAGCGUCCCCCGCAGCGGCCGCCCCAGCGCCCUCCAGCUCCUGGCGCGGCUGGACGCACGCCCCCUGGCGGCCCGAGCGGCGAACGACGUGGCGACUCUGGUCCGCAGGGCAGGCACCACCCUGCGCCUGCGCCCCAAGGAGACUUUUGCUGUGAUGGAUUCUGCAGAAAUAGAGGUCACUGACAAUCGCUUGCCUAAGACCCGUUUUGUGGAAUCCCGAACCCAGCAGCAGCAUUCAUCAGAGACUGUGGGUCCUAGUACUGCACUGCACCUAAUGAAGCAGGAUAGAAGCUCUGAGGCAGUGGGGGCAGAAGUCCUGAAGUCUCGAAGCGUCAACGCCUCCGCAUUUCAACACCCUAGGGCCCGCGGGAAUAGCCGGGACCAUAGGUCUGAGGGGGCGGCCAGAGCAGAGCGUGGCCUGAAGGAACCCAAAGAUGAACGAAACCUCCCUUCUCCUGGACCCUGGCUGGUACCGAGCGAAGAACAGCUCUCUAGAGCCCUAAGGGUCCCGGGAACAGCGCAGCUGGCUUUGGAGAGGGCAACUGGAAGGCGCAGGCACUGAGGGGCUCGCAGGUUACCGCUUCAAGUGGAAUGGCUUCUUCACUUACCCCACCUUCAAACGCUGCUCAGUGGAGCAGUCCAGGGGUGGGGAGCUCCCGGCCCCGCCAGCCCAGCACUUCUAGUUUCCGACGGGGGAGGCAAUAAAAUGGUUUGAUCCUGU